AUGCCUCCUUCCUCGUGGUGGGGACCGGGGCCGGUUCUUCUGCGGCCAAUCAUCAAGGAGGGCAUCCUCAAGAAGCGAGGGGGAAGGAUUAACGCUUGGGGAGACAGGUACUUUAUCUUGAGAGAGGACUUGCUGGAGCAGUAUGCCAAGGGCGAAAAUCCGGCAAAUUCCCAGCCGAAGCACUGCUACGCGUUGGACCCAUCCUGCUCGGUGUCCGACAUCAAGGAGGCCAAGGCCGGGGGUCGACCCCUCUACUACUUUGAGCUGGCGUGGCCGUCGCUAUCGGCGUUCAAAGAGGAGGCGGAGGACGAAGGGGAUGCCGACAGCGGGAGGUCUGACGCCGAGGGGGACGGCCGCGAAUUCGAGGCGGCAGCUAUCAACGCCACCAGCUCCCCGGGCAGCAACAUCGACACGCCGUUGGACUCGCCCACGGACGCGGGGAACAAGGGGCGGGGGUACGGGUCGGAGGAUGGGCUGCUGCCCGUGCCGGUGGGGCCGCCUUCGAUGGAGCGAGUCAACAGCAGCAGCUCGCUGACGGGGCAGCCAGACUCGAGGUUCCGACGGCCCAGGAGCAGCACUACGAACGGGCCGGGGGGGUCGGUGACGGUGUCGCCGAAGCCGUUCCCGCACAAGCGAAGCACGGGCGGGGGGGGAGAGGAAGGGGACGAUACGACGCGCAAUGAGACCAUCGAGGGCAUGGUGGCGGCGCAACGCGAGAAUGAGACGAGGAUGGCGAGGUUAAAGCUAGAGGAGCUUGGGCAGCUGUCGGAGUACGAGCGAGAGAAGGAGCGGCACAAGAAGAAGAAGAAGGACGGGAAGGGCGUUCUCAACACCAAGGGCCAGGCCGUGGCGGCUACGGCGGUCGGGGUGUCGUGGCUGACGGCGGGCAUCUUGACCGGAGGGCUUGUCGUCGCCGGGACGAUGGUGGCGGCCGGUGUUACCGUGGGGUCCGUGGGGGCGUACAACAAGUACAAGAGCUCAAAGAAGCCCAACGGCUCGCCGGGUCGUGUGCGCGUCGCAAGCUUCAAGGCCGAAACCGUGGAGCAGUGGAGACAGGCCGUGCUGGACCAGCUCGAGAACCUCCGAGCGCAGCCGCGACAAGACGUGGAAAGAUCGAUGUGGACCAAGUCGGGCCUGGGGCUGGGGCUACCCGGGUGGUGCGUUAGACCAGAGGGCCCCCCGCCCGCCCUGAAGGCGAUCGACUUGAGAGUGGUGGAUAGCUUGCUCAGCAACUCGGUGUGGGUAUCACGAGGCGUCACGCACGGGUUGCCAGUGUUGCAGCAGCAAGUGGGUGCCGUCGCCGGCUUGGAAAGCGGGUCGGACAGCGAGGAGUGCGCCCAAGCCGUGGCGCAGCCGAGCUGGGGGCUUGGUGGCUCGGGACCCGUUCUCAAGACGCAGACCAUCGUGCGAGCAAGUCCUCUGGAAACCUUCGUCGCGCUAAUGGGACCGCCUAGGAUGUCGCACACCACGGUCGUGAGCGGGACCUACACGGUGCAGUCUCUCGACGACCACUCGGACGUCGUGCGCAUUUGUCUCCGCCCGGCGUGGCUUAAGGUGGCCUGGGCGUCUCCGAGAGACUUCUGCCUUGCCAGGUACUGGCACAUGGCGGAGGACGGUUGCUACAUCAUGGCCCUGUCGAGCAUGGAGCACCAUGAUUGCCCUCCCGACCCGGAGUUCGUGAGAGGCGAGGCUCACCUGGUGUACACCAUCGCCCCGCGAAGGGACAGCGUCCCGGGCGGCCACGCCUCUCCGGAGUGCAUGCUGUCGUGCCACGUGCAGGUGGAUCCUAAGGGAUGGGUGUGGAACCGUCUCGGGUUUAGAGAGCUCUACACGACGCACAUCCUCAUGACCGCGCUCGAGGUGCGCGACGUGAUCGAGGCCGAGCGAUUCAUGACCCCGCGCAUCAGCCUCCGCCCCGACCCCGCCGCCGGCGGUUUCGACAACGGACAGAUCGGGGUGGGCCCCAGGUCCCCCGACGGGAGCCCUUUCCUGUUCGAGGUCUUGGGGCCGACGGGGCCAGAGUCGAGGCAGGAGACGGGGGGGGCUCCGGCGACUGAAAAUGUAUUGGACUGUUCCAGGAGGGGGGGGGCGACGUCGCUGGAGACGUGUCCUCCGCCGACGCUGGACGCUAGAAGGUGGACGGAGGCGGUGGGGUCGAACUUCAUGGUGCGCGGCGCGUCGUACCCGACCAAUAGGGUCAAGGUGGCUUCGGCUAAGCAGAUGUUCCGGUUGCGAGCAGUGGACCUCUUUGUGCUCCCGGAGCCCGCGACGCACCUGGCGGCGCACCAUGGCAACCGCGUUCAGAUCGCCAGAAAGGCCGGGGAGACGUCGUUCGUGUGGGUGCUGCAGAUCAUGGUGCCAGGCCCUCCUCACUACGCGUUCGUGUGCUACUUCACUCCAGCGGCUGACACCUGGAUGGACCAGAGCACUCCGUUCGGCAAGCUGGCCAAGCAAGUCUUCUUCGGCGACAGCGAUGCCUUCAGAGACGAGCGGCUUAAGCUCAUCCCCAAGAUUGUUGAAGGAAACUGGGUGGUGAAGCGAGCGGCGGGGUCAACACCUGCCAUCCUGGGCACCAAGCUGAAGCAGCACCAUUUCAAGGGCGACAACUACCUUGAGACAGACCUGGAGAUAGGUGUGUACAUCCGAUGCCAUAGUCUACACGUCUUGGCGACCACGAUCCAGUGCGAAAACCUCUUUUUCCGUUUGUGAGUCGCACGCAGCACGUUACCAUUUGGAGUGUCUGUGUUUGAACUACUGUAGCUUGCCACGGUUAAGAGCCUUUGGUGUCCACCGAGUGUUUAGUUUUUUUUUCAAAAGUCUAACGAAUUCAUCGCUAUCCACAGAUAAGUCUACUAUCCAGGAUAGGAUUACCAAUGAAUCCAUACGUAUUGCUGACGGUGCACCAACUCUUGAUUGCCCUGCUCCUACUCGGCUUGGCACAUGUCUCAGUGAGUGUAGGCAACGCCCUGUUUAUGUCGUAGAAUUGGCACGGGGUGCUGCUUUUUCCACGACAGAUUUUCCUCGCUCGCGUACCUAUGCGUGCCAUGGUUGGAAAGCGGGCCAUGUUACGGACUGUUACAGUUAUUUUUCUGCAAGUUGAUCUUAUCCCCCCUCCCCCCCUCCCUUCCUGCACGCGCGGCAUUCACGUUGCGUUGCCGUUUUACCGUGCGUUGCUCAGCGUCGUCGAGCCUGGCCGCGAACAU